AUGACAAUCGACUUAGCUCUGAGUUCAUCAAGGUCGCAACGUUCAGCGGUUGGCGCCAGUGUCCUAGUACGUGUCAGUUUCAAGCCAAGCCGUUCCUUCAGCGAAAUGAGCAGCCCUGGAAACCAUCAGCCGCUGCCCUUCUCCGUGGACCGAGUGCCAGAUAAAGAACUCUCUCGGUUACGCUCCUGGGGGUUCAGUGGCCAGACAGAGAUCGUGCGGACUAACCCGUCUCGUGUUAAUCUCCCACCUGCAAAAGAAAACAGCUCAGUGUAUCCGAGAGAGCUUAAUCGAAGAGGCAACGAUAAAACACGAAUAAUAACCACGUCUCUUUCUGUCCCCCUCAGAUACUCCCACUUGGCUCAUGCCUACUACAACUUCGAAUUCCGUAAGGACGACCUUGUGCUCGUGACGUACCCUAGGAGCGGGACCACGUGGACGUCGGAGAUCCUGUGGGCCAUGAGGAACCUCCGUCUCUUGGAACAGGGCGAGGAAAUCACCAGUGGCGACCGCACGACAUUCAUUGAUAUGGAUUUCCUGAUGCCUUCCCGUGCUGACGAUGACAAUCCUAAGGUAAAGGAAUUCCUCACACUUUUCCCCGAGGGCCGCGUGGAAGAUGGAGUCGUCCUACAAAUGGCAAAAUGUCAUAAAGGUCCUCGGAUCAUGAAGACGCACUUGCAGAUCGACCUUCUCAACCCCGACCUUCUCGAUACGUGCAAGACGGUGUACGUCGCCCGAAACCCCAAGGACGUGUGCGUGUCUCUUUUCCACCACGGGAAGAUCAGCAAGAUGGACCCCUUCGAAGGAGAGUUCCCCGACUUUGCUGAAGCCUUCAUGGCCGACCAGGUGCUGUACGGCCCUUACUGGGACCACGUUAAGCAGGCCUGGAAGCUGAAGGACCACGCCAACCUCCAUUUCAUGUUUUAUGAAGACAUGAAACGUGACAUCAUUGGCGAGCUUACGAAAUUGGCUCGUUUCCUGCAGCUGGACUUCACCGAUGAGCAGCUGAAGACCAUCUCUGACCACGCGAGCUUCGGGCGCAUGAAAUCCCGGCACGAGCAGAACGCCUCCGACCGCAACCACACCCCCGGCUUCUUCCGCAAGGGCCAGACCGGCGACUGGGACAACGCGGCUUCCGGCGAGCUCACGGCCGCCAUGGACCGGUGGAUCGCGGACCAUUCGCAGGACACUGAUAUUGUGUUCAGAUACAAGUGAUAUGUUUGUAUACACACACACGCACACAUAGGUCUAUAUCUAUGUGUGUGUGUGUGUGUGUGUGUGUGUGUGUGUGUGUGUGUGUGUGUGUGUGUGUGUGUGAGUGUGUGUGUGUGUGUGUGUUUGUGUGCAUAAAAAACAUUUUUGAAAUCUAUAGUUAUCAAUGUAAAAAUAUACA